AUGGCACUCGCUGCUGCAGGAACUGCAGGGCUUCUUGUUCUUGAAGCAUUGCCGGAAUUGAUUUUAUGCAAAGCGAUCGGAACAACUGUUGCGGGGCUAUCCGAUUUAGCUCAAAAACAGAAUGAUUUUAAAAGAGAAGAACUAGAAACUCAAAGAGUCCUGGCAGAGAACGAAAGGGUGAUUUCCGAGAAUGAAAGAAUCAAAGCUGAACAAUACGCGAAAGCAAUGUCAGACCGAGACCAAGAAAAGUAUCGCAAAAGAUUGAAGAGAGAGCUUGAUGAGAAGAACCGAAAGCUUGAUGAAAAGAUUGAGGCUGACAGGCAAACAAUGCAAGAUCUUCAGAGUACUGUGAAGGACUAUCAAGCAAAGAAGAAUGCUUCAAAUUUUCAUUUAGUUCGACAAAAACAAUGCGCAACUCAUGAAUAG